CUGCAGUGUGACGCGGCGACGAAGCGCAGAGCGGAGGCUUCGUCAUUGGGAGACGCUAACAGUCCGCUUUAUCACCGGUUCAACCAUCAAUCGCUGCGCUGACCUGAAACAUCAGACAUGUCUACGGAGCCCAACUACCGCCGGACUAAACCUGGAAUGAAAGCCAGUGCCCCUAAUUCAAACGGUUCCGCCGGUCCCGCAUCGCAGAUUCCCGGUCUGUCCCAGAGUGCCGAUACGGCACCGGUGGAGAAGGGCAAGGGACGGCGAGUCGGAAUUCAGGCCACCGACUCGGACUACGUUAAACUCGCCAAGCAAGGAGGCCACAAGGGGUUGUUGUCCCAUGACCGUGAGGACACCAGUGCCGCAUCUGGAACAUCCCAAGUCCCUGAAUGGUUCUCCAGUGAUGAUCAAAGCCAGACUAAAGUGUCGACGCAGAAGCUGGUGGCCCCGUUUGGGACUGAUGAAUGUUCAGCAUGGGACAAUGACUCUGGUGCUGGCAAAGACAAGAAGUCACCGGUCGGCCAUGCCAGUCAGGAGAUGCAGAAACUCAGCCUGAGCCAGGAGGAGAUUGAUGAGGCCAACAAGUACAAAAGAAUGUCACAUGAUAAGAAGGCAACCGCUCCUGUGGACAUGUCCAAGCUGUUGAGCUUUGGGUACAUGGAGGAGGAAAAGAAGUCUCCUGACGAUGACUCCUCAAGUAUGAUUUCAGAGCAGGCGAGCACUGUCGCCCCAGAGGACGAGUUGGAGUAAUAGCAUAGAAAUAACACGGAAGCUUGUGCAAGUUUCCAGCCCACUAUCCUUCCGUUCUUCACCCUAUUUAUGCAAAUUUCUUUUGGUCGUCGUUCUCUUUUAAAAUCGUUCGUGUCACGCUUACAUAUCUAAUGGUGCUUGUGAUCCUUAAUAUAAAAGAUUUAAAACUAAGUGCUACUAGUCAUAUUGCCAAGCUGCAGCAACAGAAAGACCAGACGUUUAUCCGCCACUGAUCUACAAACGUGGGCCAAGUCCUUGUCACCGUCACGACCACACUGCAAGAAGAAACCUGUUUGUGUCAAGUGUUUUCUAAAGGGUUUCAGGGAGCUUGCGUUCGUGAAUGUGUUGCUAUGCUGUUCGACAUUGUUUUUCGAUGUUAUGGUAAAUUUAAAAAAUAAUAAAAUUCUUAGAUUCAGGUGCAGUAGAUGUGCAGAGUACAGAGUUUUAACUCCGUAACAUUUUUUUUGUCUCAUUAAAUAAUGUUUACAUUCAAUGUGGAUUAUCAAUAGAUGAAUAAAAUAUGCAUGUGCAUGGAAAACGGGUUGCUCUGGCAUCUUUUCUUGGUAGCACUGCAUUGCUUUGGGUGUAAAAGGAAAGCCCGUCUCAUGCAUUAACCAGCCAAUGGAAUUAGAGGUGGACCGAUAACGGAUUAAUCAACUGAUUAGUUUUUAAAAUUGAUACUGAAUGAAAACAUAACACUCAAAGUAAAAUAUUGCUGAACUUUAUUACAAAAAUAAAAUACUGAUUGUAUCAUAAAAGCAUACUUUUAUUUUUUUAAUUUGAAAUAAAUAUAUAAAUAUUGAUGUAUUACCUAUUAAUAAAUAUUAAAGUAAAUUAAAAAAAUACAUCCAAACUGAACCAGAAAGUAACACUCCAAAUAACAGAUAAAAAUAGACAUCAAAAAUAGCUCAGAAAACACUUCAAAUGACGCAACAAAAAUUUGUCAGUGAUAGUUUUUUGUUUCGCCUCUAGAGGCUGCUCUCGUACUGUAUAAUGAACACGCACCCUCCUCCGUUGCUCCCGUAAUGGACGCAACCGUUUUUACUGAUAACCACUCGUUCCAGCAAUCAGUUAUCAGUGCUGAAUAAUCUGCAAAAUCGGUCGACCUCUUAAUGAAAUUACAGGUGAUACUCCCAUCUCAUUAACAUAAAAGCAACUCAUUGAUUAUAUAUAGUGUGAGAUUGAACACAGGGUGAUUAAAUAGAUGCAGGAAUUAUAAAUGAUUAUAGGUAAGUGGGUGAUUAGGAAAUAUGUGUGCGUAAUGGUUAUACUCUAGGUUAAAUAUUUCUUCAAUGCUUUCCCAUUAACACUUGCUGCAUAAUAAUUUAACAUCACUGUCAGAUUUAGCAUGCCAUGCUGUUCACAGGGAACAAUAUCAGCUUUGUCUGUCCAACUGAAAACCUUAAUUAAAAAACCUGAAAUUCGAAUACAAAAAAGGGUGAAAGGUGCAGAAAAAGAGUUGAAAUGAUCUAGCUGAAUAAAUGAUGUAUCUCAAGUUCAAACCCAGACAAUGCCACGGCCAUCCAUGACAGCAAAUAUGGCCGUGCUCUAUGCGUGGGAGGGGCAUACACUCUCUCCUCUGUCAAUCACAGCGACACUAGCCAAUCGUAAACUGCUGUGAGCUCAUGUAAUGUAUGAGGAAGAGGGUGGAUAGCGCUUUCCCCUGAGUGUGUUACGCUGGCCUGUGACUAAAUUAGGGGAAAAAUGGUGGAAAAAAUAAUUUUUCUUUAUAUAGCACAUUCCCUGAAUUGAAAUUCAGCUAAAAGUGCUUUAUAGAUUAUCAACAGAUUGAGGUAAGUUCAAAGGCAAUCAUAAGAAUUUAAUGCAUUAAAUAUGAAUUAACAAUUGAGUAUCUGAGUCUCAGCUUUCAAACUUUCACCUAAUGCUCAUGCUAACAAUCUCAACACUCUUAAAAUGAGCUGAAAUUACAUAUUAUAUUACUGUAAUUGUUAUAUUACUGUAUAUAAAUAAAAUGUAAUCAUGAGCUGUAUUUCAUGUCCACAAAGAGGAUGAGAGGAGUUGUGGCUCAACUCUCUCUUUCUCUCUCUCUCUCUCUCUUUUUUUUUAAUGCUUCCUUAAAUAUUUAUUUAUGUAUUGAGUCACCUUGAUUUUAUUGUGUAUACUGUGACUUCUGCAAAAUAAAGGAUCGUAAAAGUCAAA